CUUCAUCCCAUCCACUUGAUCAAUUCCAGUUGCCACUAGCUCCGAGAGUCCGAGGCUUUACUGGAAUCGUCGAAGAAAUGAGGCAAAUGUUCGGCGGCCCCGGAAAGAUGAGCGGGAUAACAAUGAGGAUACUCCAAGGCACCUUUGCAGCCAUUUCUCUCGGUAUUCUAUGUUCUGUUCCCAGAUUUUAUCUGGUUACUCCCAUCUGCUUCCUAUUAGUUCAACAAUGUGUUCAAGUCAUGUGGUGUCUUAUACUCAUAUGCCUUGACCUCAAGGUUGUGCUGUUUGGGGGAAGGCUACCCUCCCAUAUCCAUGUGUUGGUCAUCAUUCUUUUUGAUUGGUGUAUAUGGAUGUUAUCCCUUGGAGCCGCAUCCUCAGCCGCGGCGCUGGAUGACUUUUUCCGGGCCACCUCCAUUUGCGAAAAGGGGCACGAAUACAUCUGCAGACGUUACAUGGUGGCGCUCAUCAUGGCUUUUAUUGUUGUGGCAUUGCAAGCCAUCUCCGUUCAUAUCUGGAUGUGGAUUGCAGCCUCCUCGAUUUUGCCCAGGCUAAAUUAAUCGUCGGCGUGCUCGAUGCUGCAUUUUGAGUUGCGGCUUGUGAUUUGUUUCAUUGUUUCGCUAUGUAAUGUACCCCUUAGUAAUUAGUGCAUUAAAAGUAGCUUAAUUAGGUUGGUUUUGUAUAUUAAUUGUAGUUUUAUCUUGCAUAAUAAAUCUUGUCUCGUCUUAGUUUCAUAUUCAAAAGUUUGAUCAUUUUUAACUUUUUAUCACCGGGUGAAUAUAUAUAUUGUCCA